GGCGCCCCCUCGCCGCCCGCGCGCCCUCCCCAGCCAUGUCGUCCAUCCUGCCCUUCACCCCGCCGAUCGUGAAGCGCCUGCUGGGCUGGAAGAAGGGCGAGCAGAACGGGCAGGAGGAGAAGUGGUGUGAGAAGGCGGUCAAGAGCCUGGUUAAGAAGCUCAAGAAGACGGGGCAGCUGGACGAGCUGGAGAAGGCCAUCACCACGCAGAACGUCAACACCAAGUGCAUCACCAUCCCCAGGUCCCUGGAUGGCCGGCUGCAGGUGUCCCAUCGGAAGGGGCUCCCUCACGUCAUCUACUGCCGCCUGUGGCGAUGGCCGGACCUGCACAGCCACCACGAGCUGCGGGCCAUGGAGCUCUGUGAGUUCGCCUUCAACAUGAAGAAGGAUGAGGUUUGCGUGAAUCCCUACCACUAUCAGAGAGUGGAGACGCCAGUUCUACCUCCUGUGCUGGUGCCACGCCACACGGAGAUCCCGGCCGAGUUCCCCCCGCUGGACGACUACAGCCAUUCCAUCCCUGAGAACACCAACUUCCCCGCGGGCAUUGAGCCCCAGAGCAAUAUUCCAGAGACCCCGCCCCCUGGCUACCUGAGUGAAGAUGGAGAGACCAGCGACCACCAGAUGAACCACAGCAUGGACGCAGGUUCUCCAAACCUGUCCCCGAAUCCGAUGUCCCCAGCACACAACAACUUGGACCUGCAGCCCGUCACCUACUGCGAGCCGGCGUUCUGGUGCUCCAUCUCCUACUACGAGCUGAACCAGCGCGUCGGGGAGACCUUCCACGCCUCGCAGCCCUCCAUGACUGUGGACGGCUUCACCGACCCCUCCAACUCGGAGCGCUUCUGCCUGGGGCUGCUGUCCAACGUGAACAGGAACGCGGCGGUGGAGCUCACUAGGCGGCACAUUGGGCGGGGCGUGCGACUCUACUACAUCGGAGGGGAGGUCUUCGCCGAGUGCCUCAGCGACAGCGCCAUCUUCGUCCAGUCUCCCAACUGUAACCAGCGCUAUGGCUGGCAUCCGGCCACCGUCUGCAAGAUCCCUCCAGGGUGCAACCUGAAGAUCUUCAACAACCAGGAGUUCGCCGCGCUCCUGGCCCAGUCGGUGAACCAGGGCUUCGAGGCCGUCUACCAGCUGACGCGCAUGUGCACCAUCCGCAUGAGCUUCGUCAAAGGCUGGGGAGCCGAGUACAGGAGACAGACAGUGACCAGCACUCCCUGCUGGAUCGAGCUGCACCUGAAUGGGCCUUUGCAGUGGCUGGACAAGGUCCUCACCCAGAUGGGCUCCCCCAGCAUCCGCUGUUCCAGUGUGUCCUAGAGGUGUGGGCGGGGAGGGGGAGGGCUGCGCUGGGGGCAGUGACCGUGAGGAGGGCGAGAAUAUUGGAACUCUGAUCCAUUGGUUAUUGUCAAGGAAGAAGGACUUUUUCUCCCUCCGGUGGCACCAGCCUGUGUUCUAAAACAGAGGUGAGCCCAGGGCAGCACUUCCGAGGGGCUGCAUCUGCCGAACGCACUGCCCUUUGGCCCGGCUUCAAGGACGAGGAUGGCUUCCGCUCUGGGGGCCUGAGUGAGUGGGUGGGAUUUCACCACCUGCCCCUCCCCUGCCACGUCCUUCUCUUCAUGAUAGCAAUGUGGGAUGUCCCGGCUCAACAGGAGCUGCCCCCUCUGUCUGGGACCGCUGUGUCAAGUUCACCUCCGAAGGAUGCUCUAGGUAGGGGGCAAAGCCUGCAUGGCCGCGGGCAGACUUCCUCUGCCUCCUCUCUGGCGCCCAGCCAGGCCUCCUGUCCUGCAGGCCCUGUGCCUUGAGAGGCUGGACGGGCAGGGGGCUUGGGCGGCUCCCUCCACUCUCAGAGCCUACUGAUGGCUGUGUGUUCAGCACUGCACACGUGACAGUGGCGAAAGCGCCACCUCCUCUUUAAAAACUCUUAAAACGUGUCCUUUCUCACUUCGAAAAGUUGGAAGGAUCUGCUGAGGCCCCGUGCGUACGCAACGUAUAGUUUCUAUUAUCGCAUCAGUCUCAAAGAGAUUCAAACGACGGCAGGUGCUCACACGCAGCAGGAGGCAGGCGGCAUGUGGGCUACGGCGGCCCCGGACUGUGUCUCCCGCCUUUAAGAGCGUGCACUGGUUCAUGUAGUCCAUCGCGUUAAUUAAAUCAACUUGAUUGUAUGCUCUAAAUGUCUGUUCCGAAUUAGGAAAAACACAACACGACACCCUGGGUUGAUGCAUUACUGGGAGCUAGGAGAGGGCUCCUCUAACAGCCGUCCCAAGGUGAAGUGUUUCCCGGCUUCCCCAGGAGGCAGCCGCCGGCGUUUCUGGAAGCUGCCACUUCCGGGAGCAGACGUGCCAGAAGGGGAGCCUCGCAGGCCCACACGGGCCGGUGCGCAGGGCGCUCACGGUGGUUCUGCGCCUUUGGAGACUGCGGGCGGCCCUGGUGAUGACACUGGCAGCUACGCCGGGCGAGCCCACGAGCACAAACUAUUUCAACUGGAAAAAGGGGCCCUCUUCUUUCACGGGCUUUUUGCAGAAUACAGCAGACGGAAUUGUCACCUGCAAUUGGUACUUUCUUCUUUGCUGCUGGUUUUUUUUUUUUUUUUUUGGAUGAAAUGACGUAUCUCACCUUUUUUGCAUGGACUUAUACCAGGAAAAGUAAAGGGAUUUCCUAUGGAAGUCCUGUCUUACUCCAGGAAGUACGUGUUUGGGCAGGUUCUGAGCCUCGGAUGUGAUGAGACUUCUGGCGUUCCGUGACGACGCUGGGUGCUUCCCAGAGCCUGCGUCUCUGAAGUGCUAGCCUGGCGGUUUCCAGGCAGGACGGCUGCUCCCACACCUCCUGAGGACGGGGGCUGACACAGAAGGAAGCCUCCUGCUGCCCUGUGCAAGUGAGUUUUCUCACAGAACUCGGAGAUGACAGAAAACCCCUCCACAUCCUGGGGGUCUCAAGUCUGUGCCUGGCAUGAGGUGAUCUGGACGCAGAAGACCCCCGAACUGCCUGCCAGUGUGUUUGCCCUCCCACUCAGCACUUGGGGCAGAGGGCUCCGUUCUGGCCUGUGCUGGGGCAGUCGUGGCCGCCUCCUGGAAGCCGUGGGCAGUGGUUCCUGAGGGCUCACGUGCUCCGCCUGCGGCACCAUCUCUCAAGGGCUCCUGGCAGCCACGCAACCGUCCUUCUGGUGCGGCCCAGUUCUGCCGAGCAGUGGCCACACCUGGCUGCAGUGCUCAGAGCUCAGAGCUGAAGACUACUGCUAGGAGGCGUGAGCUGGAGUACAGCGUUUUUCCAAAGGCCACUUCGUUGGCCCCUUUUCUGUGUAGAACAGCCCCCGGGGAGGGGGUGUGAGGAGACUGCUGGCAAGCCCACCGCGGCAGCCCAGAUGGCGUUGGUCGCAGUCAGGUUAGCAGGUGAAGCCCCGUGUGGCGCUCUGGGCCAGUGUGAUAGGGCUGGCCUUCCUUUAAGCCACCAGCCUUGGCUGCUUGAACAGAUCUUGCUGUAUGAAUGGCAGUGAUGUUUGUCAAGGACGGCUGACGGGGCAGGAGGAGACCAGGGCAGUCUUAGAGCUGCGGUAGUGGCUGCUGUGCAGCGGUUGGCCCCAGCAGCCUGGCGGCGUGCACUGCCCCCUGCCCCAGGUUCACGCCGGGGCUGGGGCUGACGCCAGUGCCAGUCUUCAGCACCUCCUGAGGAGCUGUCUUUUAUCCCCUUUGCGCCUCUUCCCCCAAGAGGCCCCCUCCUCCCCACCUUCGGUCACGGCGAGCCUCUGGGGGUUUGGGUUUCAGGCCUGUGCUGGCACGUCAUCUCUGUUGGCCAGCUUUCUGGCAGGCGGCAGAAGACCUGACAUCCGAGACGAGCCGGGAGCCGGGACUCUGCCUCUCCCCUCGGGAAGCACGCACAUGAGGGCAAGGCUGCUGGCAGACUGUUCGGCUGUCCUGAUGUUGUCAGUGUUGGGUUUUUAAUUGACCGUGGUGACUUCUCUUUAAAUCGUCGUUAACGUCGAAGUGAGCUGGAGCACACCGCGUGUGCUUAGUUUGCUUGUUUCUCCAUUGCCCGCUGGCUUCCCAGAGUCUGGCCAUGUUCCAGGGCUAAAUGCUUUUAUUCAGCCACAGACAGAUGAUUUUCUUUAAGUGGCGUGUGCAUGUCGAACAUGGACCCGAGUCGUCUGGCGGAUUUUCACUGCUCUCCCCGGCUCUCGUUUGUCCUGAAGAGGAGACGCUGGCGAAGGAACCUGCAGGCUGCUUAUGGCGCAGUUCACAAGGGGGCGGCUGGGAGCAGGAGAGGGUACGAGUUUAGCUUGGGACUGUGCUCCUUACUGAUGACUUUUAAGUGGCUAGGGUUGGGAGUUUUCUUAAAAUUACAAGUGCCCCCAUUCUACAACCAAAUUUCCGCUUCCCACAGCUGAGUUAGACCACUGUGUAGCCCCAGCAAGCAGCAGCCUCGCAGUGCACAGGCCGCCCCCAGCCGCGGCACCAGUGGCUGGGGGAAGCAGGAACGCAGGUGCAAGAGGCCACAAGGAAACGUGGCAGCGAAGCGUCCCCGGUGGGAGGGCUGCCCAGUGGGGCCAGGACGCGACACACAGGCACCCUGUGGCUGCCACAUGAGGGAAACUCGCCACCCGUGCAGACUGGAGUGAGAACGUCUUGGUGAUUCUGUCACUGAAUUUUCUUUUUUAAAAAAAUUCAGAAGUAAUGUAUACUCUAGCACUCGGGGGUUUUUAUAUUUAUGUGAUAAUUUCUUAAACAAUUCAGAGAACUAUUUAAGUUUUUAUAAGCAAGUUGCAGGGGUCCCUUCUCCCAAGGGCAGCAGCUGGAAGGGUGGGCUCAGCCCAUCGAGGAUGUUGGUGGGGGAUACACCAGUGAGGCUGUGUGCACACACGGACGGCAGAGUCACAUCCAGCCCCCCCCCCCCCCCCCGAGGGGCCUGUGAGCCAAGCCCCACUCCUUUCCCAGGGCUGGAAACUUUACAGAGAGCUGGUGCGUGUUUAUCCAAGGAGCCUUCACGCCGCCUCCACUGCUGCUGUUACAACUGGGCUGUUCUGGACUGGUGCUGGGGUGUGCCGGGGGCGGGGAGGAUGUGGGUGACUGUCACUCAGCCAGCCUGACCUUUUAAAUCUCUGUAAAAAGCAUGUAUUUAUAGUGUUUUAGAUUUUUCUAACUUUUGUAUCUUGAAAGCAGAGCAGCUGUUUAAGCAUUGUACCCCUCCUGUUCGAGAUCCUCUUCCCCCUCCCUCUUCCUCUUGUCAGUGUCCUAAUAAACUGUUCUCAUUGGAAAGCUGCUGUCCCAGGGUGC